UGAAGAUACUGAAGAUACGUAUAAGAGGAGCACACAAGGAGAAUGAACGAGGAGGAGGAGCCGCUCAGCCCUAUGGCACGUAUUUUUCAAUCAUCUGGCACCGAUUACUGCACCGUCAUCACUAUAGGGUUCAAAACAAAGAUUAAUCCUGAUGUAAUUCUUGAUGAUUUGAAGCAAAACGUUUCCAAGCAUCCUCGUCUCUCCAGCAAGCUGGCUGAUGACGGUGCAAGAUGGAUCAAAACAGAAGUCAAUGUAGAAGAUCAUGUAUUCGUACCAGACAUAGACACUGGCGAAAUUGGUGACAAAGGAGACAGAUUCGUAGAGGACUACAUAUCACGACUUACAACGCUUCCUCUCGAUAGAUCAAGACCCUUGUGGGAUAUACACAUCCUCAAUGUCAAAACAUCUGAUGCAGAAGCGGUCGGUAUCAUAAGGUCUCACCAUUCGUUGGGAGAUGGAAUGUCUCGUAUGUCUCUCAUCAUGGCGUGUACUCAUAAAACAUCAGACCCUGAAGCACUUCCUACUAUUCCUAUUCUUAGACGACGUGAAAAUGUGUCAGAUGGCAUUAGAGACACAGGAUGGUUCUUAAGUUCGAUGGUUGCAAUUUAUGCUACAACGAGAUUGAUUUGGAAUACCAUCAUAGAUCUUCUGCUACUCUUGGCUACGGUGUUGUUUUUGAAGGAUACAGAAACGUCUCUAAAAGGUGGCGCAGAAGCCGAUAGAAAUUAUAGGAGAUUUUCUCAUCGAAUUGUUUCUUUGGAUGACAUUAGAAUUAUAAAGGACGCCAUGGACAUGACUAUCAACGAUGUUCUACUUGGAGUUACACAAGCUGCUCUCUCGCGCUAUAUAAACGGAGCACAUGACAAGACGAGUGAGCAUGGUGGAACGUCAACGCCGCUUCUAAAUAAUAUUCCAUGUAAUAUACGAGUUCGUGCAGGUGUUUUGGUAAACUUAAGGUCGAAAUUUGGAAUCCAGCCAUUGGCAGAUAUGAUGGAAAAAGAUUCGAAAUGCAGAUGGGGAAACCAUAUCAACAUAGUUGUGUUACCACUGUCGAUUGGUUUAGAAACCGAUCCAUUGGUCUAUCUAUCGAAAGCUAAAUCCACAAUGGAUCAAAAGAAGAACUCUCUUCAUGCUCCUGUACUUUAUUCGAUUCUGAGCUUCAUUAUUAGUGUGUUUGGUGCAAAGAUAGGAGCAGCAUUGUUCAAACGAGUUUUAUUAAGCACAACGGCAUGCAUUUCAAACGUCAAUGGCCCAACGGAGGAAAUCAGUUUCCAUGGCCAUCCAAUUGCGUACAUAAUUCCUAGUGUCUAUGGACACCCACAAGCAUUGAUGAUCCAUUUACAAAGUUAUGCGGACAAGAUGGCAAUCUCUAUAGCGGUUGACCCGACAAUCAUACCAGAUCCUCACAAGCUCUGUGAUGAAAUGGAGGAGUCUUUGAAAUCUAUGAAAAUCGCUCUUGUAGAAAAAGGACUGCUGAAUGAUGAACAAGUAUCCGUACGGGUGAAUAAUAUGUGUAAUUAA